GGUUAUUUUCGUUCAGACUCGGCUACAAUCGGCUUGCACACAUGCAAGCAUGAAAAGUCACGAUAUCCUUCGCCGCCAACUUCUUGAAAACUUUGGUACUUUACUCACGCGGGAGAGUCUAUAUGACAGAAAAACAAAGUUGUCUUCCAAACGUCCUAGAAAAACAUUCUUGUAUUGUCUUCCACAGUGCAUUGUUUUUGUGAUACUUUCUUCCCCAUUGUCCUUAACUUUUGUCCACAGUAUGAAUCAAAAAAAGCAAAUAGGUAAUACAAAACCAUUGCAUGGAUUUAACAGAAAAUUGGAACCGGAUAGUAUUAUCGGAGCAACUGAUUCCAGUGGUGAAUUAAUGUUUUUAAUGAAAUGGAAAGGAACGGAUGAAUCAGAUUUAGUACCUGCAAAAGAAGCUAACAUUAUGUGUCCACAAAUUGUUAUUCAAUUUUAUCAAGAAAGAUUAACUUGGCAUACUACCUCGACAAACAGAAAAGCAAAACAUAACUAAAGCGCUCUCUUUUUUUAUAUUAUUAUUAUUAAACAAUAUAUAUAUGAAAAUAAAUAUAUUUCCUUAUAAAUUUCUAUAAUAUACAGAACAAAAUAUUGAGAAAUAUGAAAGAUCAAUCAAUUGUAUUCUCUUGUCAGUUUAUUUCCUAAUUCUUUUGCUAAUUCUGUUAAAAUUUUGAUCCGUAAAAGUUAUUGUAAACCUUGAAAUUUUAUUUUAAAUGAAUUACAUUU